AUGAAAGGUGGCUUAUUUUGUUGUCCUAAGGAUCAGAAAGUCAUUAUUAGAACCAAUGCUCGAUUCUCAGAAAAGGACUAUGUAAUGAACCAAAAACCCAAAAGUAAGAUUGUUUUAGAAGAGUUGAGAGGAGAUAUACCAACUAUAGCAAUAGUUCAAGAAGAACCACCACAAGACAGAGUUAUUAACAUUCCAUUACCUCAUCGUAGUGGGAGGAAUGUUGUAACUCGAGCUAAGUAUGACCCAUCUCGUGCAGCUACCAUCGAUACGCUGGUUGUACAACCAGAGCAGAAUAAUGGUGCACAAGAAUCAGGAUCAACACAACAAAACAUGCCUCGUCGUAGUAGGAGAGUUGUACACCAGCCUAAUCGGUAUAUGUUCUUGGGAGAAUUUUAUGAUAGGAUCCCUGAUGAACUUGAUAUCGAACCCGACAACUAUUGUGAAGCACUUAAAGAUAAAGAUGUAGAACUUUGA